CUAGCAAGCACUCUCCUACGAGUACGACCAGCAUUACGCGUCGCAUGCUGAAUCUCAGGGUCGCAAGCUGCCGUUCUUGAUCGCUGCUACCGCCGGCGAUACAGAGCUGCACCGCUACUGCCGCUCAAGCGCCGCCCUCACACGAUCGGCCUCUGCGAGCUAUCCAGCUAAUUACACGCCGCAUUCGUGCAGCCACAGCUACAAAAUGCACGUCCCCACGCCACCGCCCAACGCCGAAGCCAUGACGCCCGCCGAGCGCCUGGCCUACCUGCGGUCGCGCGGCGUCGAGGUCGACGUCGUGCGCGACAUGACGAGGAAGAAGCCCACGCCGCCGCCGGAGACCAGCGAGAAGGAGCCGACGGUCGAAGGGCUGAACGUAGAGACCGUCGCGAGCGCCGCGGUGCCACCACCAGCACCCACACUCGACGACGACGAGGAGGACGCGCUGACGCCGGACCAGCGCCUGGCCUACCUGCGCGAGCGGGGCGUCGAGGUCGAGACGUCUGAAGACCGUUCUACAAAGAAGGAGGUCGUGCCUCUUCGGGGAGCGGGCGAAUUCGUGUACCUCAAACUUCCUCACACGCCGACGGAAAACGUUUCCCGAUUGCACGGUCCUAUUUCGAAGGGCGACACGCUGUUGACGCUCCUCAAGCCCGUCUUUGCCGAUCGGACAGUGAUGGACCGGCGCGCCGUGGAACGAGAAACGACAGAUAGACUGAGCAAGAUGCUGUCGCAGCAAAGCGUCGAGGCGCCGUCCUUCGACACUCUACAAAGUUUAGCGUCGGAAGAGGGCCACGUCGAGGCCUAUCCCUUAGCUAGAGACUCUUCAUCAGGGAGACACGUCUCGUUGUACAUCGACGGCAUCGGGGCGUUGCGGGAACGACCCAGAAACGCGCGCGCCGAGAAGCUCUGUGCUGCUUGUGGGUUGCACGGGUUAUCCAUAAAAGGCGACGCUUAUGUAGGAAGAACGCAAGCGGGCCCUUCCGGUUUAAGGAACGUCGACUUCUACGAGUCGGAGCUAGAUCCGGCCUCGGACUGGUGCGUCGCGUCUCUCAGGAGCCACCACGCCCAGUCCCAGGCCAUGCGGCCCGUGGACGUCAAGUCCGGUAGCGGCGAGAAUUACAAGUGGUCGCAGACUGAUGAUGAGGUCGAGAUUGUGGUGACUUGUCCAGAAUCUGAGAAGCCUCUCAAGGCGCGCGUCAAGGUCUCUUAUGGUCGAGGCGACGCGCUGACCGUGACGUGUGAUGGCGUCCAGUUAAUUCACUGGUCGCCGUUGUUUGCGCCCAUCGAUCCCUCUGGGUGUUCGUGGACUAUUGAUGGUUCUACGAUUGUGGUAACGCUCGAGAAGAGAGAGGAGCGGGAGUGGCACACGCUGUGGUUGGUUAGGAGCGAGUAAUUUAUUCUAACGU